AAAACAGCGCGGAGUUCGUCUUCGUUUCACCACAUGUAUGCCAGUGUUAACAAAAAUGGUCAAAUGUACAUGACUCCGAAAGAUUUCGCUGUCAAAUAUCUACGUUUAUUCGAUGAGGAAAAUUACAAUGUAUCAUCAGUUAAUUGUAUUGCGAGUGCUGCCGACACUACAAAAGAUGGAUUGAUUUCUUUCGAAGAAUUUCUGGCAUUUGAAGCUCUUCUAUGCACACGCGAUUCUUUGUAUUUGUGGACAUUUGAACUGUUCAAUCGAGACGGUCUCGGGGUCAUAUCAUUUGACAACUUUAAGAAAACACUCGAUAUGACAUUGGUGAACAAAGAGUUCACGUUUAAUUUCGAUUGUGAUUUCAUCAACCUGCAUUUUUCCAAGGAUAGAUCACGUAAAAUUCACUACGAUGAAUUUACUCAAAUAAUUCAUGAUUUCAAUAAUGAGCAUGCUAUCCAAGCCUUUAAGCAAAUGGAUCAAGAUAAAACCGGAACAAUUACCGUUGAUCAGUUUAAAAGUAUUAUUUUGCAGUUGAAAAAUCGUUUAUUGACUCCUUUGAUUAAAGAAAAUUUACUCACAGUGGUUUUACAAAGCGAAAUGGAUGGUGGUCGUAUUACCUUUGCUUAUUAUAUGGCUUUCAUUACACUCUUGACGAAUAUGGAAUUAGUUAAAAGAGUGUAUUUAAGUCGAACUAAUGGGAACACUAAAGUAAAAUUAACUAAAGAAGAAAUAUUGAAUGCAGCACAAUGUUUCUCUCAAAUUUCACCUAUGGAAAUGAGUAUUCUAUUUCAGCUCACUUCACUUCUUCGGAAAGAUGGAUGCGUUACUUAUCAAGAUUUAUGUGCUAUUACCCCUGUGGAAGACGAUUCUUUGUCAUACAAUAUGCAGGCUCGACUUCAGGGAAAGUCUGGAAAUAAUAUAAAUGUACCUCAUGGAAGAAGUUUUUUAAUGUCCAUACUUGAACAAUGUUAUCGGUUCACUUUAGGCUCAAUUGCUGGUGCAUUUGGAGCUACUGCCGUCUACCCAAUCGAUCUUGUUAAGACAAGAAUGCAAAAUCAACGUGCUACUGGAUCAACUAUAGGUGAACUUAUGUAUAAAAAUAGCUGGGAUUGUUUUCGUAAAGUUAUUCGAUUUGAAGGUUUUUUCGGUCUGUACCGAGGUUUAGGACCACAGAUAUUAGGUGUUGCACCAGAAAAAGCAAUUAAACUUACCGUCAAUGAUAUAGUUCGUGAUCAAUUUACAAAACCGAAUGGUGAUAUUUCAAUAUAUGCUGAAAUAUUGUCUGGAGGUUGCGCAGGAGCAAGCCAAGUAAUUUUUACUAAUCCAUUGGAAAUUGUAAAAAUACGACUUCAAGUUGCUGGAGAAGUCGCUAAUACAAGGCAUUUAUCAGCCUUCUCAGUUGUCAAAGAUUUAGGACUUUUCGGGCUUUACAAAGGAUCACGAGCUUGUUUUUUGCGUGACAUCCCAUUUUCAGCUAUAUACUUUACUUCAUAUAGUCGUUUGAAAAAAUAUUUUGCAAAUGAAAAUGGUUGUAACUCGUCAACAAGCUUACUAAUGGCUGCAACAAUUUCUGGAGUUCCUGCAGCAUUUUUAGCCACACCAGCGGAUGUAAUCAAAACAAGAUUACAGGUUGUAGCGCGCACAGGUCAAACAACAUAUACAGGAGUAAUUGAUGCGGCUAGGAAAAUUUGGCGUGAAGAGGGUGGUCGUGCAUUCUGGAAGGGAUCUGGUGCCCGCGUAUUUCGAUCUAGCCCACAAUUUGGAGUAACACUUUUAGCAUAUGAAAUGCUUCAGAGAUAUCUCAACUUCGAUUUUGGCGGAAGAGAACUUUCUGGUAAACCAACUAAUCGUCAUACUUCAGUAUUUUCAACUAAUCCUGAUCAUAUUGGCGGUUAUCAAUAUGCAACGACCACAUUUUGUGGUAUUGAAUCACGUUUAGGAUUAUGCUUUCCAAAAUAUACAUUAAAUUAAAAUGAUUUGUUUUGUUAAUUUAUGCGCCUUCACAAUUCAAUCUCGGUUCGAAAGUCUUAUAUUAUUUUUGUUGAAUUUCUUUUUUUUUUUGUUUUCAUCUAACGUGACAAUAAUAAUGGGUCUUUUUUUUAUAAACUGUAUUUUACUACAGCUCUCAGGUAAAUUAGGUUUUGUAUAGAAAGUGUAUUACAUUGGUUAUUAUAAGCAAGCUAUCCAUAUUGACAUACAUAUACACAACCUUUAACUUAACAUUUGCCUAAUAUUUCCUCUAUUUAUAAAUACUAUAAGGAAUGUCAAAAAUAUAGGACAUAUCCACAUUUGUUCUCCUUGUUCUCUUUCUAUCCUUAAUUCGCUUUUUUGUUCUGUAUUCACUAUGGACAUCAUAAGACUACAAUUGAAAAGUUCAUUUUGUCUAUGUUGUUAUUUCCUUUUUUGUCAUACCUAUAAAUAAAGUAUUCUGUUUUUUUGCAUUCUCCAACAUUAUGGCGCUUAUGGUCCUUCUUUUUUUCUUUUCUACUUUAUUACAUAAAUCUCUCUUCCGAUCUAAAGUUUAACAGAAUAUUACCAGUGGUCAUUUCCCUAAUUUAUAAUGUUAUUAUAUUUCAUCUCAUUGAAUUGUAAAAUCGAUAGUCUUUUAAUAUUUUUGUUAUCUCUUCCGCAUUGUUACUGAUACUAUUACGUUAUCCAAUAUUUUUUAAGGGUAAUGACAUUUAAAAUAACUUAAGAUUAUUGUUUUCAAAUUUUCCUCUUAAUUUUAUUUUAUAUUAAUUAUGAACAAGUAUUUCUCAUCAGAAUCUAAUGAUUGUAAUUGUACGUAUUAUUUCUUUACUGUUAUGCUUAGUUUUUUUCUACUUAAAAUGUUUAAAUAAUUGGUGUAACGUGUUUUCAUUUGAGUUGUUUUGUUCAUAUUAUGCCCAUACACUGACCUGAAUGUUUGCAAGGGGGGUGGAGUAUCAUGCGACCACAACACGUUCAACGUAAAUCGAAAUUAUUAGCGGCAUGAGCACUUAGGUAAUCUUAUAAAAUAAGCGGCUAUUCUCACUUGGUAAUACAACUAUCUACAUAGUAUAAAUCAUUGUAUCUGAAACCGAAUUCACAAUAAACAAGUAUUCUAAUAUUUAUGUACAAGUCAAUUUCAAAUUGUCAGUCAUUUGAUAACUUGUACUUGAAAGAACCAAACCAACUCCAAACUUAUCAUUAUGGUUGGGGAGGAUAUAAUUAGAUUUUAAUUUAAGCACAUUGUUAAAUAGUAAGACACCAUCCAACAACUUUUUCAUGGUAUCUCUCCUCUUUAAGUGCUAUAAACUUAACAGAUUGUUCAUGUAACUCAUUUUGUUAAAUUUAUUGGAAUAAUUUUAAUAAUGUCGACUUCCAUAAAUUUAAACAGCGUCUUAUUUAUCCGAAUCAAGAUAAUCAGUUAUUUUCUUUAGCCAUCACACUUACUCUAUCAAGCAUUGAUUACACUGUGUAUUGCUUUCAUUUAUUAUAUGAUUAUAAAAUAAAGACUAUGAACCUAGUCAAUAUAUGGAUGUUCCAUAAUUAUAGUCGUAUUCAAACUUUAGAAGUAAUGAUAAUUAGUUUGACCAGGUUUUAAAUAUGUGUCCAUGCCAACUCUCCUCUUGGUUCACAAUAUUUAUAUGUUUUACUGGGAUUUUUUCGCGAUAUAUUAUUGAAAAUCAUGGUCGUAUGGACUGAUGAGUUAUUAGUUUGACAACCUUAAUUGCUAGAACUCAUCAUCACCUCUUAUUGUUUAGUCAUUGAGUUAAUUAUUUGGAUUUAUGUAUAUCUAUCAACACUGUCUUUGGGCACAUAAAUGUUGUAUUCACUAAUUGUUGCAUACAAGUUAAACUAGGGCUUCGUCUUCAUCAUACUUACGUCCAUUUAUGUUUCAAUUAUACGCUCCACAAUGUGAUGUUGUAGACCAUUCAAAUAAAAAUUAUUUCUUGCAUUACACUCAAAGCGAAAAACCACGUAUAUGUAUUUCAUAACUGGAAUUGGGCUAAUAAAAUUACGUCGUGGUAACAACAAAGACCUCCGAUACUUUCCAAGGUAUCAGUCUGAUGUGUGGGCGAGAAUGUCA